CACGUGCCACCAACCCCCCCCCCCGUCCCCCUCACCCCCUGCUUCCCCCCCCAGGUGGGCUCAGGUGAGGUUUGGAGCCCCGUUUGCCUGCCCGCCUUCAAUCCCGACGGCUAUUUUUACGCCUACGCCGCCGCUCUGGAUGAGGAUCGGUGCGGCGGCUCGGUGACUCUCAUCCUCCUGCUGACCCAACGCGAGGCUUUUUACGCCGCCGCCGCCUGCCGAAGGAGGUUGGAAGCAGAGCUGAGAGCGCAAGGGUGGAUGGAGGAAUUUGGGGCGGCCAUUAAAGGGGGGUACACCGCCUAUGGCGCCUCCCAGCCCGGAGCCCCUGAGCUGCGCCAUUUCCUCUAUAAGCCCUUGGAGGGCGAUGAGGAGGUGCUGCAGGUGCCACAAUUCACCUGCCCGGACAGCGUUGUUCCGUACAGCCGCCCCGAGGAGCAGCAGCGGCUGUUCGCUCUGUACCACGGCCUGCAGGGCCGCCUGCACUGCGCCGUGAGGCCGCUGAGGCUGCUCUACAGGGUCACUGCCAGGGAGACGCUGCUGGCCUGGGUGACGCGGCGCUUCGAGCUGUACGCCUGCCUCAGCCCGCUGCUCCCCAAGGCGGCGGCCAUCGCGGCGCUGACGCGGCUGCUGCGCUGGCUGCGCAAGGAGGACGAGUGGCUGUUCGCGCGCUGCCCGCCGCCAUUCGCCGCCGCUGCCGCCCCCGAGGGAGGGGAGGGGUGACGGCAAAUAAAA